GGGAAAUCUGAUUUGCUGUCACCAGCUUUGCAUUUUGAAGAGGGAAGGAGGAAACGGAAGAGAGGGAGAGGGUUGGUCCUGGUCAGCCCCACCCCUUGAGCGCUGCCCAGAUGCCCAGAUUCCCAGAUUCCAGUCGACAGGUCGACAGGUGGCUGCCGAGCAGUCCCAGGGCUCCACGGUUCUGUUCCGAGGGAUCGCAGAGAUCGCAGGGCCCGCCGCGCGGCCUGGAGGGACCGAGGGCCCUGAGUAGUUACACCAGUGACCUGGGCCGGUGGGGAUUUCAGCUCAGUGGGAGUGGAAUUUGCCUCGUGCUCUUCAGUGUUGCCCUGCUCCACAGCGUCCGCCCGGAAACAUGCUAGCUGUGCACUUUGACCAGCUGGGAGGACCAGAAAACUUCUACCUGAAGAAAGUGGCCAAGCCAAUCCCAGGAGAGGGAGAAGUCCUCCUGAAGGUGGCAGCCAGCGCCCUGAACCGGGCCGACAUACUUCAGAGACAAGGCCAGUAUGCCCCACCCCCAGGAGCCAGCAACAUUUUGGGAGUUGAGGCAUCUGGACAUGUGGCAGAGCUGGGGCCUGGCUGCCAGGGGCACUGGAAGAUCUGAGAUCCAGCCAUGGCUCUGCUGCCCCGUGGGGGUCAGGCUCAAUAUGUCUCUGUCCCUGAAGGGUUCUUAAUGCCCAUCCCAGCAGGACUGACCCUGCCCCAGGCUGCAGCCAUCCCAGAAGCCUGGCUCACUGCCUUCCAGCUGUUACAUCUCGUGGGAAAUGUUCAGGCCGGAGACUCUGUCCUAAUCCAUGCAGGAGCCAGUGGGGUGGGCACAGCUGCCAUCCAGCUUCCCAGAGCUGGAGCUAUUCCUCUGGUCAUAAUUGGCUCCCAAGAUAAGCUUCAAAUGGCAUAAAAACUUGGAGCAGCUGCUGGAUUCAAUUACAAAGAAGAGGAUUUUUCUGAAGCAGCCAUGAAAUUCACCAAAGGUGCUGGAGUCAACCUCAUUCUAGACAGCAUAGGAGGAUCCCCCUGGGAGAAGAAUGCGAACUUGGCUCCUGAUGGUCGCUGGGUUCGCCAUGGUCUGAUGGGAGGAGCUGACGUCGGUGGGCCGUUUUCAAAGCUACUUUUUAAACGAGGAAGUCUGAUCGCCAGUCUGCUGAGAUCUAGGGACAAAAAGUACAAGCAAAUGCUGGUGAAGGCUUUUUCAGAACAAAUUGUGCCCCACUUCUCCACGGAGGACCCCCAACGUUUACUGCUGGUUCUGGACAGAAUCUACCCCAUGACCGAAAUCCAAGAUGCCCAUAAGCACAUGGAGAGUAAUAAGCACAUGGGCAAGAUAGUCCUGGAAGUGCCCCAGUGAAGGAAAGGGGGGCAGUACAGGAACAGGGUACCUCAGGCCUUCCCAGAGCAAACUUGGUGAAACUUCACUGAAUGCAGGCAAGAGACCGGCUGCUCCUCCACGUCCACCUGUAACCUACUGUGGUUUUUUUUUUUUUGAUCCGUGUAAAGUUGGUCUAAACAAAUAA